AGCGAGAACGAGAGCGAGAGUGAGAUAGCGAGAGCGAGAGCGAGAGAUAGAGCAAGAGCGAGAGAGUCUCGCUGAGAGCGAGAGAGCGAUAGAACGAUAGCCAGGAGCAUCUGCAGUUCCGCAUUAGUUCUCUCUCACGGCGCUGCUGUGAUAGGUCGCCUGUCGGCAGCAGCAGCGGACGAUACUUCUCUCUCUCUCUCACGUCGGAUCGGUACUCCGCAGAAAGAACCGCAGCAGAUACACGAACAAUCCGUUCACACCGACCAGAAUAUUUGAUUGCAGCCAAUUAUUGAUCGCAGCUGACUAUAGAUCGGAGCGGAUUAUUGAUCACAACCGAUUUUCGAUCCUAGCCGAUUAUUGAUCACAAGCGAUUUUCAAAUCGUGAACUGAUUUUGUCCUAUUAGCGCCUCGCAAGGUUUCGUUGUCCUCGAUAUUGUUUAUCUGCGGACCCCUGCACACACUCACAAACACAACCCCACCCACAGACACACACACACACGUGAUCAUGCGGCUCAUCGCUUCGUGGUUGAUCGUCGCCGUCGUUGUCGCCGUCGCCGACGUGGCGACGUCGCGAGGAUCUUGCUGGCAGGCCCGGAUGUGCUGCGGCGGUCGGAACUCGACGUGCGUCGUGCAGAACUAUCCCGUCAACUCGAUUCCCGACGACAUGGACGAUGAGAAAUGUUACUGCGACGAGCAUUGCCUCACGCUCGGCGACUGCUGCCAGGACUACAACCGCGCCUGCAGAGCAAAGCAUUGCACAGUCUCGCCGUGGUCGGAGUGGGAGGAGUGCAGCACGCGCUGUGGCAUCGGCAUGAUGAAGAGACUUCGUAACGUGACGGCAGAGCCAUCUAACGGCGGCGACAAGUGUCCGCACCUGAAGGAGAUGAGGGGCUGCAUGGGAUUCGACUGCACGCACGAUGAGCGGGCCGCUAUUAAAGAGAUGGCGCUGCUUCUACCGGCAAAGUACGCAAAGGCAAGACGCUAUAAUCCUGAGAAGGACAUCAGAAGAAAUCUGAGGGAUCACUACCACAAGAAAAAUCCCAUUGAGAGGAAAAAGUACUGUCUGACGUUUGAGAUCGUUAGAACGCACAAGUAUUGCAACUCUACGGUGAAUACGUGGACGCACGACCUCGCUGUGGCGGGUAACAAGGUGUGUGUGGAGUGUGAGCCAUACGCCAUGACCUCCAUGAAGGGCGCAAGAUGUAAUGGUCAGGGCGUCGCCGGCGUGGAGAGCCGCUGGAAGGCGACCAACGUGCCGUGGUGCAGCGGCCGCUGGAUCCAGCAGGAGCUCAUCGAGGACUGCUCCUGUCACAAGCAGAACAAGAACAUGCCCGGAUACAUCUUCGUGUGACGUGGCGGCCCGCGCGCACGGAGACUCGUGACGUCACGCGUCAGCUCGCGAUGACGUCAUAACCUGCUGAUGACGUCGUCAUCCACUCGCAAUGUCAUCGCGCAGUAUUUUUUUCUCGAUGCGGGGUUGUAGGCGACUCAGAUGCAAGUGUGGCUUUUCUUCUUCUUCUUCUUCUUAGGAGAACGUAGAUGCACGACAAUGCAAAAGCGCUCACUCUUUACCACAUCUUACAAACAGCACAUUCAGCAAGAAAAACAACUAUCCUUCCGUAUACCCUGUUUAUAUCUACUCUUGCGUAGUCCCAGACGAAUGCGACAACGUUGCAACACAUUCAAACUGUGUACACCACUCUUAAACGUAUUUUUAAAGAAGCCACGGUAUGUAGAUGUGUGCAAUGCUACGUGCCCAAUUGACCCAGGCACUAGAAACUAGUAUCAGAAGAAGACAAUGUCAUGGAAGACUUCUCUUGCUUACUGAAUUUACUGUUGACCUUACCUACGUACUCCCCUUCACAAUCGCGGUAAACCCAUGCAAGAUUGUCCCAUUCUCAAGCUCUACAUAUGUGGUAGGUAGCAAGCCGAGGAGAGGCAAGGAUAUACAAGAAGUAAGAUUUGUGAGGUGGAUGCAAUUAUAUUAUAUACAUGGAUGACUUUUACCUAAAACGUAGGUGCAGUUAUUUGAAGGCUCUCCAGGUUGCCAACUUUGUUAGUAACUAUUUAUUCUAGUUUAUGCAGUUGACGAAGCAAUUGACGUCCAAUCAACGCGUAUCGUUUCGAGCUAAUGAAUCAUAGAGAUCUAUAAACAAACCAUUUGUAGUCUUUAUAGAUCUCUAUGUAAUGAAUCCAGACAAUUGCGUGCGCAGCGCCGCCUAGUGGUACUGCGCAAUAAUGAGAGUAACAACCACAAUGGCAUCACGGCCAUUGUGCCCUUGUUUUUCGUCUGCUAGGGGGAUCUGGAAGGGAAUUUUCAUAAUCGACAGGAUACGGUCAAACUACACCACCGCAGAACUCUUUUAUUUUUUAAAUGUGCUCUGAUGAUUUUCAUGGUAGCAACCACAGUUGGAAUUUAUCCACUGCCUUUCCUAAAACAUUUUUCCUCAUGCGAUUGUCUUUAACUUCGUGGAAGAAUGACGAGAAUGCAUAUUUUAAAUCAGUAAAAACACUUUAACAGUCGUUAACACUUAAAGACCUGUGUAAGUCUGUGGAAAGCCCACCGCCGAAAAAUAUGAGAUUAAUAUACUUGACAGGCUGACAGCACUAUACUUUUAGUCAUCAUAGGAAAGGCGGGUUACACUGAAAGAACUGAAAGUCGACACUAGUGCCACCUGUUAGACACUCUAACGAUGUCUGGUUUAUUGCAGAUGUAUAUACAGAAGCAGCAAUAAGAGCCAGAAACGAGCCAGUUUUUGCUUACUCAUUAAUUUAAUAUGGUAUACAAUGUUUUAGUCGUGAAUCUAGUGUCACUUGCCUCGACCUAGACCAGUCACCUAACACUGCCAUUUAUGUUUAUGUUCUUACAUCCAGCCAAAAUAAUUUACAUAGAACUGGAAAUGGUUUAGAGAUGAACCUCACGAUGUGUAAGUUACUCUUACAAAUCGCUCCAACUAGGCUCGAAACCGUAGAAUGUAAAUGUUCGUAUUCAGUUGUAUUUUACCCUGUUCCCUCUUAUGAAUAUAUAUAUAUUUACAUAAAGGCCCGCACGUACGCGUUCAUGGCAUGGAGGCCUGUAUACAUCACACGAUGUUUUAUAUACGUUUGAAGUGCACUACGAAGUAUAUAAUCAAUAUGUUUCUCAUUAUCAAUACGUGACUAUGGUAUUAGCAACGAGUUAUGCAAAAUAUGCCAUUGCAUGUUGUGUGCUGAACUGCCGACACAGAGGACUGAUGUCAAUUCUGGUGACCGGUCGAGAUAUAUAGAUAUAUAAACCCACCUUUCACUCUGCUGGUUUAUUUAUAUUUUAUGUUUAAUUUUAGCAUUUGUGUUCAGUAAGGAGUAGAUUGUAGCACAUUUAUGGUCGUGUGAUGAAGUAAGAGUGUAUCGACCAGCACAUGUGUAAUCGUCUGGUUUAUCAAGUAAACGAACGGGGAAUGAUUCGUGCUAUUUUAUCAUAGUGUACAUGCAUUUUGUAGGGCAGAAUUUUCUAGUUAUCUUAUAGUUCUUUCAUCUUUUUCUAGCUGUUCUAUUGUUGUUUAAGCUUCUGUGGAAAGGAAAAUAAUAAUAAUAAUAAGUUUUAGUGGCUUAAAAUAA